AUGUGGGAUGGGAUCUUCGUGCACCGGGAACCGCGUGAUUUGGAGUGCCUUUGUUCCUUGGCUGCAGCAAUGAGCCCUAGAGUCAUUGACCUCAUCGUUGAACUAUCGCAGAAGACUUCAUUGAUCGGCGGAGCUCCCGGGGGUCACCUCUCCGUUUUUAUGCAACCCAAUGCAUAUCGCCUUCGGGAAUUGAAGAUUACACGGCAUUCGGUCGACGACUGGUACUUCUUCCGGCCGGAUUUCACCAUAGGCCAUGAAUGCAAUAUGCGUCUUUUCUUUUCCAUUUUCAAACUCUCACUCCCGAAUUUGUCCUCUUUGCAUAUCGACUUGGGUUUCACUGUGCGGAUUCCCCAGACGUUUGGAGGACCCACUUGCAAUUCACUGCGUAGUAUUGAGAUGCAUCAUGUAUCGUUGGAACAACUAGAAUUCUGGAGGAAGGGAUUUCUUCUGGAGCGUCUCACUCUGGGUGUUGACUCCCUCGGUGCUGGGUACAAAUCUUUGCACCAAAUCUUAUCGCUUCAGUCGACUCUGCAAGAACUGCGCCUUACACUACCCGGUACAUUGCCCGAACCCCAUACUCACAAAGGCAUGGAGGUUCUGCAUUUCCCCAAAUUGAAGUUUUUCUGCUUCACAGCAAUGUCCUACACUCUGUUGACAACAUUGUCCAUGCCGGCACUUCAGUGUCUCCAUCUCAAACCUUUUGAAUUACACGAACUUGACCCCGAGGAUGUGCAAGAGGUGGCUGCUUUGCAAAAAUUUUUGUCUUUGCACUCUUCGACACUCAAAACUUUGGAGUACAUGCCAAUCAACCCAAACUAUCCCUGCAGGGUGACAAGGGCGGGGCUUCAGGCUGUGGAUUCGAAAGUGUAUAGCCCAGUUAUUUUGCCCGUUCUUAGCAAAGCCGUGCUUUUGGUCUACGGACAGUUUAGUUAUAGCUUUCACGUUAUGCAUUGUCCCAACCUUGAAGAAUUGAACAUCAAGGUUGUGGAUGAAGUUCCAUCGUUCUCUCUCUUUGACUUUGUGGAAAGGAGUGCAAACGCGUUACGAUCCUUGCAUAUCACCAGAUGGGGCCCCGGUACUGAUUGGAGAGAGUCGCCUAUUCUCUCCUUGCCUUCGAAAAAUCUUUGCAGGCUGCUUUACCUCCCACAGCUGCAGGACUUUGUUUCCCGAUCUGCUCGCGGCGAUGAAAUUUUUGGUUUUGUUGGAUCCGCUCCCCAUCUCCGAGAUGUGCAUUUGAGUGGAAAAACUUUCGAAGGGCCCAAGUAUGCAUCCGACAUAACGCACAAACUUGACUUCCCUAGUUUGGAGACAUUGACCCUCGCACAAUUCUCACAGCAUAUUUGCCGCCUAUCCGCCCCAUCCUUGACGACAUUUAUUCUAUUCUCCCUCGAUGUACGCCUGCGACGAAGGCAGGAGGACGACGACAGUUGGCAAUCUCGCAAUAAUGACAAUGAUGGCAAAGAUGCUCUUCGUCGCAUGAGCGCUGGUGUGAUUAAAUUCAUGGCCGAUCAUGCUGACACAAUAGAGACACUAACCCUGCUGGAUUGUGUGGAGUUCGAGAGCCUUCAGUCACACGCACCGUCGGGCAUUCAAUUCCCACGACUCGCUCAUGCUUCCAUGUGUUUGGAUGAUCCAAUUUUGGAAUGGUCAAGCGCCCCAAAUGUACGGACUCUUGAGCUCUUCCCUGCGCUGUAUUCGUUUGACUAUCUGAGUCUCGAUGGGUGGAAAAGCGCUGAAGUCCUUAUUUUGGGAAAAGUGAUAGAACCGUUUCCACAUUUGGUUGGUUUUGAUUCACUCCUCCAGUUACGCAUUCACGUUGAUCCGUCCCAUGAGAGAACGAGGGCGUUGGAGGCACGGUUUCUUACAUACUUGGCGGAACCUCUCGAGGACUCAACGUGGCUCUGUCCAAAGCUUAAAAUUUUCGAAGUCUUCGUGAUCGAAUCUGCCGAACUGAUGGGCCUUACUUGGCCUGGGAGAUUGUCGGAGGAGUCUGAUGAUGAUGGGAGCAGCUACCACCCCUCAAUGACAUCCGAAACGGAUCUCUAUCGAACGGAUUGGGAAGACAGCGACUUUGACUCGCAUUCUGAGGAUCUUGAACAGGAUUCUGAGGGAAUCAUACCGCUCAACGAGGAUGAAGAAGCAGAAUAUACCCCUCUUUCUUUUGCCUCUUCCACACAUAGACCUGACACCCCACCGAGAUCGUGGACUGCCCCUGUCGUGCUCCCCUGGGAUUUGAUCAGAGCGAUUGUGGAGGGGAGGUUCAGUAGUCCAAUAUCGAAACUUGUCGUGAAACGGGGUCGGUUUGUCACUCAGGAUCUGGCACUCCAGACGAUUUGA